CCAACAGCAAAAGUAAUGUUUGCUAGAGUAAGAGUUUUGAAGUAGUGAAAUGUUUUGAAGUAGUGAAUGUUUUGAAGUAGUGAAAUGUACUUGUUAUUUCCUGAAUGUACAGAAUUCAUUGAAAUGUGAAAUGUUGUUUUAGAGUCACCAUGGCGACGAAGGUCCGGUUUUGGGACAAGCCAUCCUCCGUCAAGAAGAGGACAUCAACGUCACUUGGUAUCCUGACAAAACGACCAAUCAGAAGAACGGACAGUGAGUCACAUCUUGACCAAUACAUUCGCACGUACUAUAAGAGCAAACUUGAGAUCCCGUGUAGCGCGAUUCUAAGUGUCCGACAAAGCGUCGCCAAUGUUUUGGGAACUUUGAGUCCACUUGUGCAAGAAAACGAAUACAGUAUGACAAUAGGGGAUUUUGUGUGUGUCGGAAGCGGAUACGACGGAAUGAAAAACGGUAUUCCCGACGAAUUCGACGUCGUCGUGCCUUUCCGACUUGGCCCGAAGUGCUCCGAGACGCGCCGACCGGCGACGGAUUACGUUUGCGUCCGUUCUCGGAGAGGUUCUAAGAACGCCGGGAAGGACACUUGGUCGGGGUGUCGCACCGGGGAAGGAUACAUCUCACCUAUCAAAGUAACAAAGCGGCUACAGAAAAUAGUUCUAAAGGCGCUAGAAGAAACGGCGCUACCAAACGUCAUCAUUCACCCAGACUGCCGUAACGCACUCGGAGGAGAGAGAGUCGGUGUUCGACUAAGUACGGAAGACGGCGUCACAAUUCGUCUGCUUCCCGCGUUAGGCACGGUAGACCAGCUCGAGCCAUUUCUGGUGGCGAUAUCGUACAGAGACGACCCGGACUACACACUCUCAGACUACUACUGGAGAAGGUGCUACUGCGUGGAGGAAGGCAAAGUCGUGAGGUAUUUGUCUCAAGCCGACGGCGGCCGAAGAGUCAAAGUACUACAAGUCAUGAAACACGCCUUCCGUAAGGACGCGAUGUUGCGCCACCUGUCGGAUUACACUAUGAAGACAGUUCUGAUGCACAUGUUCGACCAGCACAUCGACGAGGACGACUGGCACGCCUACAGCUUCGCCGGCUGCUUCAUGGAGAUGUUACGGCUGCUGCACGGUUACCUGAAGAGGCAGAACCUCCCGCAUUUCUACCUGGAUGACGUGAACGUGCUGAGGGACGUGCCCGCCUCCAGACUGGCGAGCAUGACGGGUAAGGUGGAGAGCCUCCUAGCGAGCGAACAGGAAAGGACACGUUUGUUAAGGGCCCAGUUUCCGGUCACCAUGUCUCUUUAGACUGUACAUUGGACCACAAUUCAUAUAUAGAUAGAGAAAGAUCAUCUUAGGAGACGAUAUGGAAUAUGCGAAUGCACGUUC